UUGAUUGGUGGGAGGUUGUACGUUGAAUGUCAAACGGGGUGGGGGCAGGUACCGCACCAUUUUUCGAGAAAAAGGCAAUCCAACCGCAGUUCCGAGGUAUUAGGUGUGUCGUAAAAGCCAGGAGAAGAUGUAUUCUGUGACGCUAGGAAUUUUUAUAUGCGGCCUCCAUUUUAUCGUGGCUGGGGAUGUUCGUUCCGAAUUCGAGGCAGCAAAAAUUGUACCGGACAUAAUAAGUGCGGCGCCUGACGAAAAAAUUGAGGUCAAGUAUGGAACUAAAUCGAUAGACUUCGGAAACGAAUUAACACCGACCGAAACUCAAGAGAUCCCCGAAAUCCACUACAAACAUGAAGGGGGAGUUCUCUACACACUUGUAAUGACAGAUCCAGACGUACCGCUGAGAAGAGGGUACAAUCGAGAGUUUCGACAUUGGCUUGUCGGAAAUAUACCGGAGGAGAACGUCGCGAAAGGAGAGGUGCUCGCCGAGUAUGUGGGCCCGGCACCGCCCAAAGAUUCCGGGAAACAUAGAUACGUUUUUCUUGUUUACAGACAAAAUCAAGGGUCUAUCACGUUCGACGAGAGACGAUUGAGUAACAGGGACGGUCAACGACGAACGCGAUUUUCUAUAAAGAAAUUUGCAGAGAAAUACAAUCUAGAGGGUCCGAUAGCGGGUAACUUUAUGAAGGUGGAGUACGACGAGAAUGUGCCCAAAUACUCGAAGCUUUUAGGAUUUUAAUAUCGCACUUUCGCUUCCGGAACAUCGUCCCGAUUUAAUCGAAUUUUAAUACAGGUGGUGGUACGAAAAAUCACUCUGACACGGUAUCCGGGAGUAAUAUAAAUUUAACUGUGAUCCGUGUUACAAGAGAUAUUUAUAAUAAAGUUUAAACGGUGAACGGAUUACGAGAAAAUCGGUCGAUUCGUUUAUUUUCGUUGGUGUCGUUAUAAAUAUAAAAUGUACCCUAUGUAGAAUACCGCGACUCGUGGAUGGCUACAGUUUACGAAUCGUUUCUCGGUUCGACGCCUCUCGAAUCCAGAAUAUUGUCCCAGAAACAUUCUAGUGGUCUGCCACGCACGUUAUUUCGAGACAGAGAGCGAGAGUGAUCGCGAGGAACUUGUUCGAGAAGUGUCGUUCGUUCGUAAACGAAACGGAAACGUCGUGU